AUGAAGGCACUUGCGUUGGCAGCACUAUGCCUCGCGAAGGCUGUUGCCGGUCUGACGGCUGCAGAAUGGCGCAAUCAGUCGAUCUACUUUCUUCUAACUGAUCGUUUUGGCCGAACGGACAAUUCCACUACAACAACAUGCAAUGUUAGCGAUCGGAUCUACUGCGGUGGCAGCUGGCAAGGAAUCAUCAAUCAUUUAGAUUAUAUUCAGGGCAUGGGAUUCACUGCCAUUUGGAUCACCCCCGUCACAGAACAGCUCUCUCAAGAUACUGGAGAUGGAGAGGCAUAUCAUGGCUACUGGCAACAAGAGAUAUACAACGUCAACACAAACUAUGGCACUGCUGCUGACCUUUUGGCACUCUCUAAAGCCCUGCACAGUCGUGGCAUGUACCUCAUGGUAGACGUGGUCGCAAACCAUAUGGGCUAUGAUGGAGCUGGUAAUACUGUUGACUACAGUGUCUUUAACCCAUUCGACUCUUCUUCUUACUUUCAUUCGUAUUGUGAUAUCAGCGAUUACUCUAAUCAGACAAACGUGGAGGACUGUUGGUUGGGAGACACUACAGUUUCUCUUCCAGAUCUCGACACGACUCUUACUUCUGUUCAGACAAUCUGGUAUAACUGGGUCACUGAAUUGGUGUCCAACUACUCCAUUGAUGGCUUGCGAAUUGAUACAGUCAAACACGUCCAGAAGUCGUUCUGGCCUGGCUACAACAGUGCUGCAGGUGUCUACUGUGUGGGAGAGGUGUUUGACGGGGACCCAGCAUACACCUGCCCCUACCAGAGCUACCUCGAUGGUGUUCUCAAUUAUCCAAUUUAUUACCAACUACUGUACGCAUUCGAGUCCACAAGUGGCAGUAUCAGCAAUCUAUAUAACAUGAUCAACUCCGUUGCAUCUGACUGUUCUGAUCCAACCCUGCUCGGAAACUUCAUCGAGAAUCAUGACAACCCACGCUUUGCUUCCUACACGAGCGACUAUUCUCAAGCGAAGAAUGUGAUUUCUUUCAUCUUCUUCUCUGAUGGAAUUCCGAUCGUCUAUGCUGGUCAGGAACAACACUAUAACGGUGGCAGUGACCCUGCCAAUCGCGAAGCAACUUGGCUAUCCGGGUACGACAAAACAGCUCAGCUUUACACAUACAUCACCACCACAAACAAGAUCCGUGCCCUAGCCAUUUCAAAGGAUAGCGCCUACAUAACUUCAAAGAAUAAUGCUUUCUACACUGACAGCAAUACUAUCGCCAUGAAGAAAGGAUCGAGUGGCUCGCAAGUCAUCACGGUUCUUUCGAACCGUGGCUCAUCCGGUAGCUCGUAUACCUUGACUCUUAGCGGAAGCGGCUACUCGUCUGGCACAAAGCUCAUGGAAAUGUACACCUGCACUGCUGUAACUGUGGACUCCAGUGGUAACAUCGCCGUGCCAAUGGCUUCCGGACUCCCUCGAGUCUACAUGCUGGCUGCCUCGGCUUGUUCUAUUUGUAGUUCUGCCUGUUCAACAACUACAACAAGCUCGUUGACGGCGUCGACUUCGACGACAACGUCAACCACACUGAAGACUACCACCUCCACUACAGCCACGAGCUGUACACAGGCUACUGCUUUGCCCGUUUUGUUCAAAGAGAUUGUCACCACGUCAUACGGGCAGAACAUCUAUAUCUCAGGUUCUAUAAGUCAACUCGGAAGCUGGGACACGUCUAGCGCUGUUGCCCUCUCUGCUGAUCAGUACACAUCUUCCAACCAUCUGUGGUAUGUUGUCGUAACAAUUCCAGUGGGAACCUCGUUCCAGUACAAGUUCAUCAAGGAGACGAGCGGAUCUAGCACUAUUACGUGGGAAAGUGAUCCCAAUCGCUCUUAUACGGUACCAACUGGCUGUGUAGGCUCAACGGCCACCGUCACAGCAACGUGGAGAUAG